GCACAUUGUAGGGGAAAUCUGGUCCCCAUGAUGUAAUAUAUACAUGACCCGCCCCACACACACAAAAUGUAAUAAUGCAAAAAUUACAAAACGUUAAUGUUGACCUGUCUUUUAACCCCCUCCCCAAAAUAUCAAAAAGGGAAGAAGCUGUACCUUUGUGUUUAGACCACGAACACUGUGUCUUUAAGAACAGCCAUUAGCUCAUUGGCCCUCUGACAGGGACUGAUGUGGCCUUUAGCUGCUCUCUCUCUCUCUCUCUCUCUCUCUCUCACACACACACACAUACAUCAUCUUAGGGGGGGAUUACGGGGCUUCAGUAAAACCGUGCCUUGUUCUGUCAGCUCUGCCACAGUUUUUAGCCGCACAGUAUUAACCGCAGUCACUGUCUCUCUCUGAGGACCCACCUCCUCCCACCCCCUAUUUCCUAAAAACGGCUUUCCAUCUUAUCAGCCUCAGCAGUUUUUGCGAGAUGAAGACUAAGCAGUCUUUUAGCUUUAGCGAUCAAACUCGGCCAAUUAAUAUUUUAAUAUGAAGGCCUUCUGUGUUUGGACGUGUCCUAAUUAUUCUGGGUCCUCGGCUACAGGAGUUUUAGGAUUUGCUACGCUAUAUGGACAAAAGUAUUGGGACACCCGUAAUUACAGGAGUUGGUCACAUAAGCCACAUUGCUGAGAUACAGGUGUGUAAUGAAGCACACAGCCAUGCAACCUCCGGUAUCAAACACUGGCAGCAGAAUGAGUCAUACAGAAGAGGCUAGUCAGCCCAGCCCCGUCAUUGGACACCAUUGGACACCUUUCCAACGAAUCAUUUCUCCCCAUUUCUGUCCUGAUAGAGCUGCACCACACUGUGAAGUGAUUGUGAAGUGGAAACAUCUGGGAUAAAGUUCAACAGAGGUGGCAGCCACACAAGCUCACAGACGGGGACCUGAUCCCACCAGCAAUGUUCUACCAUCUAAUGGAAAGCUUUCCCAGAAGAGUACGGGCUACUGUAGCAGCUAAGGGAGGACGCCCUGAAAGAUGACCGAGGAGGUCGUGGUGGUGGCCAAGUGGGACUAUGCAGCCCAGCAGGACCAGGAGCUUGACAUCCGCAAGAACGAACGUCUCUGGCUGCUGGACGACUCCAAGACAUGGUGGAGGGUACGCAACGCUGGCAACCGGACCGGCUACGUCCCGUCCAACUACGUGGAGCGCAAGAACAGCCCAAAAAAAAGCUCGCUGGUCAGGAAUCUGAGGGACACGUUGGGCCUUGGGAAGACGAAGCGGAAGGCGAACUCCUCGCCGACGCCCAGUGCGGAGGAGGCGCUGUCCGGCCGCGAGCUGAGCGUCCCGGCGCUGGUGAAGUUCACGUACGCGGCGGAGCGCGAGGACGAGCUCAAUCUGUCGAAGGGCGCCCAUGUGCUGGUGACGGAGAAGUGCAGCGACGGCUGGUGGCGGGGCAGCUGUGGUGGACGCACCGGCUGGUUCCCUUCCAACUAUGUGUCGGCGGAGGGCGGGGAGGCAUCAGGGGCAUCGCCUAAGCGUGCCCCGCCCACUACUAACUCCCCCUCCCGGGCGGGGCUGGGUGCACCGCUCCACAUAGUGCGGACGCUCUACCCCUUCAGCUCGGCCACAGAGGAGGAGCUUGACUUUGACAAAGGUGAGAUCAUGGAGGUGGUGGAGAGGCCCGAGAACGACCCGGAAUGGUGGCGUUGCCGCAACGCCCGUGGCCAGCUUGGUCUCGUGCCCAAGAACUACGUGGUGGUGGUGAGUGAGGGGUCCUGGAAUGGAGCCCCCCCACCGGCCUCAGAGCCUGCCCUCUCUGGUAGGUUUGCCGGCAAGGACUGGUACUAUGGAAAGGUGACCCGGCAGCAAGCUGAGCGCGCCCUUGACAAGAGGGGGGCGGAGGGAGACUUUCUGGUGAGAGACAGCGAGUCAUCGCCCAGCGAUUUCUCCAUCUCCCUGAAGGCCGUGGGGAGGAACAAGCACUUCAAAGUCCGGCUGUCGGAGGGCGCCUUCUGCAUCGGGCAGCGGCGCUUCGGCUCCAUGGAUGAGCUGCUGGAGCACUACAAAAAGGCGCCCAUCUUUACGGGGGAGUCCGGCGACCGGCUCUACCUCGUCCGUCCGCUGCUGUGACAGGACCCAGAAACCUGUCUCUCGGCAACGAGGUUCAUCCUCAGCCGUGCUCUUUGCAAAGCGACAGAUGGAGACUCCCAGACCCCUGCUCCAUCCGUUUUCGGGGGCGUGAAGGCGAGGUCGGCAUCUGCUCGUGACUCAAUUCAAGAACAGGUGACUUUUGGCUGAGUGGGAUCUACCACAGGUUGCCAGCGUGGCCAGAGAGUGCAGACUCACUAGUGGUUGUCUGGUCUUCUGACUGACACAAAGAUGAUCGUGCCGAUGGAUGGAUGGAUGAGAGGCAAGGAAGAACGAUCAGUCCUGUUCACUUUUCACUGUGUGUGUAGCCGUGACAGUGUUUUAAUCAUCUGACUUCUGCUACUUUUUAAGUAUCACCUGUUGAUGUUCCAGAACUUUGAUUUAACUCUGGUUAAAUCAUAUAGCUAUAUGUGCAGCUAUAAAGCUAUGUAUGUGAAGCAUGUGGGCCAAAGCACCACAGCCUUGGAUACAUGUCAGGAAGGAAGAUCGUUCUGUUCAAUUAAAGGUUUUGCUUAUUAAUGGA